AGGCACCUAAAAAUAGCAAAACUGUAUUGUUUAAUCAGAUUGAGAUCAGGACGCACUUGUCAGCUUGAUCGAGGCGCUGCAGUGUUCGUCAUGGCAGCCGCCGCUGUCGGCAUCGGCUCGAGACGUCAAAAGUCCGACGGCGACGAAGACACAAGCCGUUGCGGUUCCGGCGAGUGCGCGAAGGUGGACCAGGCGAAGAGCGAAAACUGCGGAAGGUACACACCGGACUUCUUCAACAUGGGGACCAACCUGGCUGGAAUCACAUGGGCGCAUGCUGUUAAUUCGAAAACACUCCUGGAUAACGCGCUUCGAGAUAAAGCGAUCAUGAUGCUCGAAGCUGACGUUAUUAUUGGAACAUUACCUGAAGGAACUUUAAUUAAUGAAAAAUGCAACGGAUGUGUUACAAGUGCAAUUGAUAACAAAGUAACAUCCAAUUUGCCUGUGAUGGGGCAUCCACCAGCUACAAACUCCGAUUUGAGUCUGGAAGUGAUGCUAAAGAACGUGAUAGCUCAUAAUCGUGAAUAUAAAUCUGGUGGACCAAAAGGUCUUAAACUGGACUUCAAGACGAUAGAAGCAUUCGAAGCUUCAUUACCGAUUUUGAUCCAAUAUUAUCCAAAAAUCGAAUUUCCACUCUGGUUGAACGCAGAUAUUCUGCCAGGUCCUGGUGAAGAUAACGAUAAAGUGCCUGUCGAUGCGCAUAGAUUUUUGCGCGGUGCCUCUAAUUUCCCAACGUCUAAACUAUCUCUAGGAUGGACAACCCGGUAUGGUAUGGAUUACCCAAGCGUUACGCAAUCUGCGCCCCCAGAUCUAGUCUCAUAUAAAAAGCAGCACAUGACGGAUAUGCUGUCAUUGCUUCAAUCAUACGUUGACAAUCGAAACGUAACGUUUCCCGUUCGCGCCGGUUUAGCCGCAAACUGCUCCGAGCUGAUGCUGUUGCUGCUGCAGGAGCGCCCGACGUACACUCUGACAAUCUGGUCAGCCGAAAAAGAUUUUGUGGAUUACGUUAAAUUAAAUUCGCUUCUACAGCAAGUUGGGACCGAUAGAUUUUAUUUAGACGUGCCGAAAAUUUUAUCAGAAAAACUAAAGUAUGUUUGAUUAGUUAAUUUUAAUUUAAGUAGGAGACAAUUGUAUUUUAUUUGGUGACUGGCACAUAGUAGCUUAGAUUUUAAUGAAUGGACAUAUAUCUUUAUUUUAUUCAUGAAGACAAUUGUUGCAGGUAAUAUUGCUAGACAAAUUCAUAUAUUUAAAAGACUUACAGUUCAGCGCCUUAAAUAAUUGAUUAAUCACAUUAGUAUUAAAUAUAUUACUGCAUAAAUAAUAAAACGGGUCAUUUUGCCUUCAAGUGGAAAACAAAAAUCACGAUAUAGUACAAAUACUCCAGUAAUAAUUAAA